AAAAAGGGGAACUUCUUCCGGCUGUCAUCAAAGACAUAUAAAUGAGAGGUUUUAAAAUCACGCAAAUACCGAUCUAUGUUGUUUCUUUCUCUCCCUUUGUUAAGUUGAGAAAAUUUAUAAAAUGAAGUUACUCUCCACUUUUACUAUCGCUCUCCUUAUUAAUGGUAUCAUUGCCGCUGAUAAGUUUACAACUCGCAGUGUUGGUGCACCUAACACUGUAGAUUAUAGAGUCUACUUUGAAAACAACGGUCAAGUCAUCUCUCCGUUUCAUGAUAUCCCCUUGUUUGCUAAUGAAGAAAAGACUAUAUAUAAUAUGGUAGUAGAGAUACCUCGAUGGACGAAUGCCAAGAAUGAAAUCAACAAGGAAACUUCGUUAAACCCAAUUAUGAUGGACGUUAAGAACGGCAGACCGAGGUUUGUGACCAAUAUCUUCCCUCAUAGAGGUUAUAUCUGGAAUUAUGGUGCUUUCCCUCAAACUUGGGAAGAUCCUAAUCAUAUAUCAAAAUGCACACAGAAGAAAGGUGACAAUGAUCCUAUAGAUGUUAUUGAAAUUGGCUCUAAUGUAGCUACAGUGGGUGAAGUGAAGCAGGUCAAAAUUGUCGGUAUUGUUGGGCUUAUUGACCAAGCUGAAACUGACUGGAAGGUCGUAGUUAUUGAUGUCGAAGAUACCUACGCUGAUAGAAUCAAUGACAUCGACGAUGUUGGCAAAUAUAUGCCUUGCUAUUUGGAAGCUACUAACAGCUUUUUCACAAAUUACAAGCUUCCUGCUGGCGAUAAAAAGAACAGCAUAGCUUUCAAAGGAAAACCGCAGGGCAAGGAUUUUGCAACUAAAAUAGUAUUAGAAACACAUGAAUAUUGGAAGGCAUUGGUUAAUGGAACUACUAAAGCUGAUAAGAUUCAAAAGAUCAACUUGACUGUAAAAGAUUCACCUUUCCUUACUGAUCCCAACAACUAUACCAUCACAAGUGUUCCUGUGGACAAUCCUCUUCCUCCUGCUCCGAUUCCCAAAGAAAUUGAUCACUGGUACUUCCUUUCUGGUGACAAGAUUACCAAUCCCGUUAGAAAAGAAGCAAGAGAUGUUUAAACUUUCUUUUUUCUCAAUCAUUCAUGUACUAUAUAUUUGUUGUUUUUUUUUGUUUCUUCGCAGCUUCGCCUUGCCACUUGUAUAAAUCCAAUCAAAAGUGAUGCUGUGGAUCAUAAAACUGAAUAGAAAUAAAGCAUUCCCAUCUAUCUGUGGUACUUAAUUUUCGAACAUAUCUGUUCUUAAUGAUUACUCGUUUCGAAACGUGAGACCAUUAUGCCUUCUCAAGGCACGCUCUAGCAUUUGCGUAAUUUUGCUCAAUGGCACCAUCACCUUUUCGCUUUGCUGUCAUUUCAAUGAAAUAUUCCCACUCCGAGU